CCUGGGCUUGUGCUGUGUGUCAGCCCUGUGCUCCUCGUGUCUGUUUGUUCCAGCUUUCCAAGCGAAGCAGGAAGAAGAGAGCUGGGAAGACCACUUUCAUAGGGCUUCCUGUUUUCUGCCACUGAUAGUGCAUGGCGGCUUAUCCUAACUCUGUCCUGAAGUGAGGUGGGAAAUUUGACCAAUAACCAGCAUCGAUAAAACAGACAAGGUCUGGAGGUGACAAAGAAUCCACCAUGAAUGGGCAGCUGGACUUAAGUGGGAAGCUGAUCAUAAAAGCUCAGCUUGGUGAAGACAUUAGGAGAAUUCCUAUCCAUAAUGAGGAUAUCACCUAUGAUGAGUUAGUGUUAAUGAUGCAAAGAGUUUUUAGAGGAAAACUUCUGAGCAACGAUGAAGUCACAAUAAAAUAUAAAGAUGAAGAUGGAGAUCUUAUAACAAUUUUUGAUAGCUCAGAUCUUUCCUUUGCAAUUCAGUGCAGCAGGAUACUCAAGCUGACGUUGUUUGUUAAUGGACAGCCGAGACCCCUAGAAUCCAAUCAGGUGAAAUACCUGCGUCGAGAGCUGAUAGAACUUCGCAAUAAAGUCAAUCGCUUACUGGACUGUUUAGAGCCACCCACUGAACCAGGGGUUUCCACCAACCUGCCUGAAAGUGAUGCUGUGGAUGGUAGGGAAGAAAAGCCUGCUGCUGCUGACUCUAAUGUUAAGCCAUCCACUCAAGUUAUAGCAGCAAGCAUGUCUGCAUUCGAUCCACUAAAGAAUCAGGAUGAAAUCAGCAAGAAUGUCAUGUCAGCAUUUGGCUUGACAGAUGAUCAGGUGUCAGGCCCACCCAGUGCUCCUGCAGAAGAACGAUCGGGAACACCAGACAGCAUCGCUUCCUCCUCUUCUGCAGCCCACCCCCCUGGUGUGCAGCCCCAGCAGGCGCCGUACCCGGGAGCACAGCCACAGACAGGUCAGCAGGUGGAAGGCCAGAUGUACCAGCAGUACCAGCAGCCGGGUUACCCUGCCCAGCAGCCACAGGCGCAGCCCCAGCAGCAGUACGGCGUGCAGUACCCAGCCGGCUACAGCCCGCAGCAGUUCCAGCCGCGGCCCGGCUUCACCCCGCCGCCCGGCAGCACCAUGACGCCACCACCCACUGGGCCCAACCCCUACGCCCGCACCCGGCCACCUUUUGGGCCCCAGGGCUACGCGCAGCCUGGGCCUGGCUACCGGUAAGGGCCGAAUGCCUGGUGCUGGCUGCUGCGGCCUGACAGCCGUCCCCACUCAGAUCUGGAGCUGUCCCGAGGCAGAAGAGUUGCUGUAAGUGUUCAUUAGUUCUGCGGGGGGAGGGAAGGAGCGACCGAGCCGUUCAUGCUUUGAAUUGUAUCCGCUUCCUAGUUUAAUUUGGGGCUGGGGUGGUUUGGGAACACUACCUACGUGUCUGUCAAGUGAUCGAUUGACAUCCUAGCUUGCCUCGUUUGAAGGAUAUUACAAUGCUAGCUGGAAGUUUAGCCCACUAAUAACAUGAUUUACUAAAUUAGAUUUUGGAGUAAAAACUAGAUAUGAUGUAUUAUAAAUUGUAAUGCUCACAUGGAAAGCUAAUAAAAAAACCCUGAAUCUA